GCAAGUUUACGUAAACGCAAUAACAGCCACUCAUGGUUUUCCAAUGGACUCAAAUCCUAUGAUUUAUGGCGAGGAUUAUUGAAGUGAAGAUAAAAUGAAAAUAAAUGGCAGCAGCCGGUUGAUGAACAGUUCUUCAUUGAGCCCUUACGAGAUCUCGCUGAAUCGCCCUCCCUGGGUCUCCACAACUUUGGGCUGCUUUCUGAUCUUCACUAUCGUGGUUGAUAUAUUGGGGAACCUCUUGGUGAUUUUCUCCGUGUGCAGAAACAAGAAACUUAGAAACGCAGGGAACAUAUUUGUGGUGAGCUUGGCAGUAGCUGACCUGGUGGUAGCAGUCUAUCCUUAUCCUCUCGUGCUGGUCUCCAUUUUCCACAAUGGAUGGAACUUGGGAUUCGUCCACUGCCAGAUCAGUGGAUUCCUGAUGGGACUGAGCGUGAUUGGAUCUAUAUUUAACAUAACCGGCAUUGCCAUCAAUCGCUACUGCUAUAUCUGUCACAGCCUCAAAUAUGACAAGCUAUACAGCGACAAGAACUCUCUUUGUUACGUCGUUCUCAUCUGGAUACUGACCGUGGUCGCUAUAGUGCCAAACUUUUACGUAGGCUCCCUGCAGUACGACCCCAGGGUCUACUCAUGUACGUUUGCGCAGUCGGCCAGCUCAGCGUACACCAUCUCUGUGGUUUUCUUCCAUUUCUUUCUUCCAAUCAUGAUUGUGACGUACUGCUACCUGCGGAUCUGGAUCUUGGUGAUCCAGGUGAGGAGACGCGUCAAACCCGAGUUUCGGCCCAAACUCACGCCGCACGACAUAAGGAACUUCGUCACCAUGUUCGUGGUGUUUGUUCUUUUUGCCGUCUGCUGGGCCCCUCUCAAUUUCAUCGGCUUGGCGGUCGCCAUAGACCCCGGGCGGGUUGCGCCUCUCAUCCCGGAGUGGUUUUUUGUAUCCAGUUAUUUUAUGGCCUAUUUCAACAGCUGCCUUAAUGCCAUAGUCUACGGACUGCUGAACCAGAACUUCAGAAGAGAGUACAAAAAAAUUAUCGUCUCACUCUGCACUGCGAAGAUGUUCUUCCCAGACAGUUCUAAUGAUGCUGCAGAUCGGAUCAAAAGCAAGCCAUCUCCUUUAAUGACAAACAACAACCGAGUAAAAGUAGAUUCGGUAUGAAAACACAGAAAGGACGCUGUAAACAAAAACCAAAU